AUGCAGGGUGGAGAUAUCUCUGGCCUCUAUAGAAAAGGUGACAUCACCAUCGGCGGUAUAUUUCCAGUCCAUGUAUAUAGGACGUACCAGAGGCUGACUUUCAGAUAUCAGCCCCCUCCCGUCACCUGCAACACAUUUGUGCCACUCACCUUCCAGUGGCUCCAGUCCCUGCUCUUGGCGGUGGACGAGAUCAGCGCUUCAGCCUCCCUUCUCCCCAACCUUACACUGGGAGUCCACUUGUACGAUUCCUGUGCAUCUCCCGGGCGAGCUCUGGAGGCUUCUACUUGGCUCCUUACUGGGGGAGGUAACCGCUCUAUACCCAACUACAGGCGUCAUUCUCAACUUCCACCACUAGGGGGAGUCAUAGGAGACUCCAGCUCUGCCAGCUCCCUGCCCCUGGCCAGACUGCUAGGACUGUACCACUACCCACAGAUAAGUUAUUUUUCCACAAGCUCCCUCCUGAGUGAUCGGAGACAGUUCCCUUCGUUCUUCAGGACUGUCCCCAGUGACACCUUCCAGUCCCAUGGAUUGGCUCAGCUUGUUUCCUUCUUUGGCUGGAACUGGGUGGGGCUGCUGGCUGAGGACACUGACUAUGGGCAAGAAGGCAUUCGGGCCACCAAGGCAGCGAUCCUUACAUCAGGAGCUUGUGUUGCCUUCACAGAGUACAUCCUCACCAGUAGGGCGGACAGAAAUGCCCCACACCUUUGGAAUGUCAUUGCCAAAUCAAACGCUACUGCUAUUGUAGUCUUCUCCAGUGGCUCCAACCUUCUACCAGUAGUGGAGGAGCUCUUACGGCAUAAUAUUACAGGGAAGGUUUGGGUAGCUAGUGAGUCAUGGUCAACGUCGGCCUUGGUCUCUAAAGAGAAAUAUUGGGCCAUCCUUCAGGGGACUAUCGGCUUUGCACUACACAGUGGCCAGAUUCCUGGACUGAAAAGCUUCAUCAAUGCUUCUAAGCCCAGUAAGACCCCAGAUGACAUUUAUCUGAAGGAAUUUUGGGAGCAGAACUUUGGCUGCAAAUGGGAAACACCAGGAACAAUUAUUUCCAACAGCACCAGAAUCUGCACAGGUCGGGAAUCUCCUGGAAACAUCUCCAGUGGCAUCAGUGUCCUGAGGGUCACUUACAGUGUCUACAUUGCGGUAUAUGCUCUGGCCUGGGCACUGCAACGCGUCGUAGCUCACAGGCUGCAAGAUUGUUCUACUGAGAAAUGCAAGGAACCAUUGACUUUACAUCCAUGGGAGGUCCUACGCUCCAUGCGGACUAUUCGUUUCCAGGCAACAGAUGAUAGAGAUGUUUAUUUUGACUCCAACGGGAAUCUUCCAGCUAUGUACGACAUUGUGAACUGGCAAAUUGGCCCACAGGGCAGUGUACAGCAAGUGAAGGUGGGCAGCUACGAGGGCAGUGCCAAGCAAGAGAACAUGUUCAUGGUGAAUACCAGCGCCAUCCAGUGGACUGGAGGGGAACAGCAGAUCCCGGUCUCUGUCUGCAGUCACAGUUGUCCAUUGGGCUUCAGAAAAGCUGCUAUACCGGGAAAGCCUGUGUGCUGCUUCCAGUGCGUAGCCUGUCCUCUGGGCGAUAUCUCCAAUCAGACAGACUCUGUUGACUGUUUCCGAUGCCCAUGGGACCAAUGGCCGAGUGCCGGGCAGGACCAAUGCCUCCUGAAGACAAUUGAGUUUCUUUCCUAUGAAGAGCCAUUAGGAGCCACUUUGGUGGCCACCAGUGUCUUCUCUUGCACAAUACCAGUUGCCCUGUUGGGACUCUUCGUCCACCACAAGACUACUCCCAUUGUCAGAGCCAAUAACUACUCACUAAGUUGUCUUCUUCUCCUAUCGCUGUCUCUCUGCUUCCUAUGUUCUUUAGCUUUCAUUGGCUAUCCAGUGCCCCAAAAAUGCCUUCUGCGCCAGGUGGCCUUUGGCAUGAGUUUUUCGCUAUGUGUCUCCUGUGUCCUGGCCAAAACGAUCACAGUUGUGAUAGCCUUUAAGGCCACCAAGCCAGACAGCAGUUUAAGGAAAUGGACUGGGACAAAGCUGUCCUACUUCGUGAUAGGGGUGUGUAUUUUUAUACAGCUAGGUGUAUGCAUAACGUGGUUGUCCCUCUCCCCACCAUUCCCAGAGCAUGACAUCCUCAGCCAGCCUGGAGUAAUCGGAACUCACUGUAAUGAAGGAUCACCCGCUGCCUUCUGGUGCAUGCUUGGAUACUUGGGUCUUCUGGCCACCAUCAGCUUUGUACUUGCCUUCCUGGCUCGAAGACUUCCAGAUAGCUUCAACGAGGCCAAAUUCAUCACCUUCAGCAUGCUGGCCUUUCUCACUGUCUGGGUGUCCUUUAUCCCGGCCUACCUUAGUGCCCGUGGCAAGUAUACCACGGCCAUGGAGAUCUUUGCCAUCCUGGCUUCAAGUUGGGCGCUGGUCAUAUGUCUCUUUAUGCCAAAGUGCUUCAUUAUCCUCUUCAGCCCUGAACUGAACACGAAAGACCACCUGAUGGGGAGAGGCAAAAAAUAA